AUGAGAUAUUCCAGAAUGAAAGAAAGCCAACUUCUGGUUUUCACACUAAUCGCAGUUGGAAUAGGUUUUGCUAGUGGUAUUCUCCUACGACAGUUUGAUUUAUCGGAUAAUGCUCGGAAUUUGGUCGGGUUUCCCGGUGAAAUAUUCAUGCAGGUUCUCAAAUUGAUGGUUUUGCCAUUGAUCUUUUCAUCGUUGAUUUCUUCCCUCGGUCAAAUGGACGCAUCCCGAUCUGGAAAAAUGAGUUUUAUAGCAAUUGCCUACUACCUGACCACAGUAAUUAUUGCAAGCUGUAUCGGUGUUGCAAUGGUGUUUCUAUUCCAUCCCGGGGACCCUGAUAUGAGAAGUCAUCGGCCUGAGGAUGUAGUGAUACGAGAGGACAAUAAUAUAUCUGCACUUGAUUCUAUUUUGGAUUUGAUCAGGAACAUGUUCCCACAGAAUAUUGUGGAAGCAACGAUGUACAGGUCUCAGACGGCUUUUGUAGUUGUGCGGAAGAAAAUUUUGAAAAAUGGCACGAUCACACCGGUUUUGAUGCGGAAAACGAUUAAAUUGACUCAAGGAACUAAUAUUUUAGGACUGAUUGUAUUUUGCACUGGUUUUGGAAUAGUAAUCUCAAAACUUGGAGGCAAAGUCCGAGUGAUAGUUGAAUUCUUUAUCGUUCUCGAUAAAGUUGUCAUGAAGUUUAUAUCAGUUCUAAUGUUGUUCGCCCCAUUCGGAAUAGUCAGUUUGAUUGCUUCGAGCGUUUUGGACAUCGAUGAUCUCUACAAAAUGGUCACUACAAUGGCUUUAUACGUCUUCACAAUAAUGUGCAGUCUAUUCCUUCACUGCGUGAUUGCAGUACCAACUUUGUAUUUUUUCAUAACUAAAAAGAGCCCAAUUGAUGUGGCGAAGGGAAUGGUUCAGCCAUUUGUGACGGCAAUCGGCACAGCGUCCAGUGGAGCGUCAUUGCCUCAAGCGAUGAGCAGUGUGGAAGAAAAUUUGCAUGUUGAUGCCAGAAUCGCUGGAUUUAUUAUGCCACUCGGGAACACUAUUAAUAUGGACGGAAAUGCCCUUUACGAGGCAGUCGCCGUUAUCUUCGUAGCACAGCUUAACAACGUCACAUUAUCCUUUGCAGAUGUGAUUACAAUUUGCGUCACUGCAACUUUCGCCUCGAUCGGUCUAAAUGCGGUACCGGCCGGGCUAGUUUCGAUGUUCGUCAUCCUAUCAUCGGUAAAUCUUCCAGUUUCGGAUAUUGCACUUUUGUUUACUGUUGAUUGGUUCAUAGAUCGCGUCCGCACUGCUCUAAAUGUCCUCGGUGAUGCAUAUUGUGCUUGCGUCGUUCAGCACUUUUUGCAGGAUGAUCUUACUCAUGAACAUCAUCAUAUUUUGGACGAAUUGAAGUUAGAGGAAGGCGACUUAGCCGAGAUUGAUCGCCCGGAUCAGCUCCCCGAAAAAGUGAAAAAGGUAUCAUUCGUCGACUUCCAUCACAUUCCAUCGCCAAGUGCUCCGCCAGUUUUCAAUUCCACAAAAACCUAUUCUUUAAAAUCUGCAAUAAUUGGCCCCCUGAGAGCCCACGUUGCUCUUCAAACCAGACUUUCUCAAUUGUCAGAGGAAUGUAAAUUAGAGGAGCAUGAAUCUAAAGAUCUUUAA